GCGUGUGUAAGUUUGAUUAGAAGUUCGUGUAUUUGCUAUUUUGUUUAAUUCAGAAAAAAAGGUCUUCGUGGUAAAAUUGUUAGAAGAAUUUACCCGAAAAUGGCAGAAAAGUUGCAAAAUUGUGGCGAAAACAGCAACAUAGACACAACAACUGUAAAAACAAAGAGAAAAUAUUGUUUCACUAAAAUAGAGACUCAGUGCAAAAAGUUUCAAUCUACCCCUAUGGUAUCUAUGUACAAACCAAGAUUAUGCGAAUUUGAGUUACCGGCGCCAACGUGGAAGUUGUUUACGAAGCAAAAUGGUGCAAUUGAAUAUGCUAAGUGUGCAAACGAAAGGUUGUUCGUAUUUGGGAACGAAUUUGGUGACGGUGGUAUUAGAAAUUUUGUGGCGGCUACAAUUGAAGAGUUCUGGUUUUACUAUUCACAGAAAAGUUUCGGCGAAAGGCAUUUUUACGAAGUUAUUCAAGAAAAUGCUCAUUGUCAUCUUUAUUUUGAUAUUGAGUUUAAUAAGACGAUGAAUCCGGAGAAAAAUGGGGGAAAUAUGAUUUCUAUUUGGAUUGCGUAUGUGUGCUCUUGUUUGUUGCGGAGUUUUUGUUUAAAAUUGACGAGAAAAUGUUUUGUGGAACUUGAAUCGAGCUCUGACGUUAAAUACAGCCAACAUGUUGUUGUGCAUAUGCCCCAGGGGUGCGUGUUUAAGGAUAACAUACAUGCUGGGAGGUUCGUGAAAAAGAUUUGCAGGGAUUUGAAGGAAUAUUUAAGUUUGGAGCCAAAAACUGCGCCAUCGGAUAUACUUUGGAUUGAAGAAUUGGAAUUUCGGGAUAAGUUACAAGAUUUGGUCGUGAAGACAACCAACGGGAAUGGCAUUUUCAUAGAUGAGGGAGUGUACACAAGGAAUCGGAAUUUCCGACUUUUUAUGUCAAGAAAACGAAACAAAAACUUUGAAUUAAAGAUUUCUGACAAAUGUGAAUUUGAUUUUAAUCAAAAGUUUCCAAAUUUAUCAAUUUUUAAACCAAUACAACAAAAGCUGGGUGAAAACGAGAAUUCUUUUAAACUAAAACAAAUAUUUUUUGUUUCUAUUGUCACGAACGUGUGUGAGGAUAAGGUUGUUAGGUUUUUGGAAGUCCCGACGGAAAAAGAUGAAAAACAAGCAAAUAAUUUGAGCAGAAACGACGCCAUAGUUGCCCCAGUUACAACUUAUGGUUUGGAAUCGUCAGAGUUUGGAAUCCCAACCAAAGAAAUAUCGGAAUUUAUCACAAACUAUAUAAAAAGAUUCAAUGAAAAAGCUCGGAUUCGUAAAUUGACAUAUUUUCCCACUACGCGUGUCAUUAAUUAUGACAUCACAGGGACCAGAUUUUGCCAUAAUAUCGGUCGUGAACAUAGAAAUAACAAUAUUAUGUAUGUGGUUGAUGUGACAGGUAGGAGUUGUCACCAGAAAUGUUACGACUCCGAUUGUCGCGCGAUCGGCUACAAAUCACCCUCGUUCUCAUUGCCACAGGAGAUUGAUGACAUCAUCACUUGUUACGAAGCAAUCAGCCAAUCAGAAGGUGGCGAAAAAUUUAAAAUUUCAGACAAAUUUGAAAAAUCUUUUGACGAUUACGAAAUGUCUGAUAGUGACAUCAUAAAGGCUGUUGUUGAAUUUGAAACAAACAAUACCUUAUGACAUCACAAUAAACAUUUGUUUGGAAAAAGUUUUAACCUUUUUUUAUUUGUUUUACGUUUUGCACUUAUUUUUAUCAAUUUGUAUUUUACUGUUUUAUGUAUUUUUAUGCUUGUAAUUUUCCACUCUAUUCUUGUAUUCUAUAUGGGAGAGGGCCAACCCACGUCUUCUAUUUGGGAGGGGGCCAGCUCACGCCGUAUAUGAAGUUUAGGCCAGAGUUGGCUAAUUAUAAUUAUUACCCUUUUCUUAUUCCUACAAGCUUUGUUGAGGUAAUAUGCCAACUACAGUCUAAAUCUCAUUCUCCCCAGUGUGUCUGACCCAUUAGUUCCAUUAUCCUGUUCCUAUCCCCCCAG